UCGUGACUUUAAUCGACGUUUUAGCGCGUUUGGAAGCGCGCGCUCGCGAUCAUUUGUGUAAACAAUGUGGAAAUUACCUGUGCCACUUGGGCUGCUGUUUGUCGCCGUGCUCAGUGUUUUCGGUGAAAAGUCAACUGACCGGUCCAGUAAUCGACCGAAUAUUGUGGUGAUCAUUGCCGAUGAUUUAGGAUGGAACGACGUGAGCUUCCACGGCUCGCUGCAGAUUCCGACGCCCAAUAUUGACGCCCUGGCGUACUCCGGGAUCAUCCUUAACCGGCACUACGCACCGCCGUUGUGCACUCCGUCGCGAGCCUCGCUGAUGACCGGGAAGCAUCCGAUCAACAUCGGUAUGCAGCACCACGUGAUCGAGGUCGACGAACCGUGGGGUUUGGGGCUGGAUCAGAAGCUGAUGCCGGAGUACUUCCGGGAGGCCGGAUACAGGACCAGGCUGGUCGGCAAGUGGCACCUGGGAUUCUUCCGGAAGGCGUACACGCCCACGAUGCGGGGGUUUGAUAGUCACUACGGAUACAUUGGACCGUACAUCGACUAUUGGGAUCACAGUUUGCAGAUGAGUAAUACCUCAACCCGCGGCCUAGACAUGCGACGCAACCUCCAGGUCGACUACUCCGCCAGGGGAACCUACGCGACGGAUCUGUUCACGCGCGAGGCGGUCCGCCUCAUCCACGACCACAACCAAACCUCUGCUAAUCCGCUGUUUCUGGUGGUAACACACCUGGCGCCCCACACCGGCAACGAAGACGACCCGAUGCAGGCCCCCGAGGAGGACGUCGAGCUGUUUUCGUUCAUCAAGGAUCCGAAGAGGCGCGUGCUAGCGGCAAUGAUCUCCAAGCUGGACGAUGGCGUUGGCCAGAUCGUGCAGGCGCUGAAGAAGAGCGGCAUGCUGAACAAUACGGUGGUGCUGUUCUACGCGGACAAUGGGGCGCCCACGAUCGGGAAGCACUCGAACGGGGGUUCGAAUUUUCCGCUGAAGGGGCAAAAGUACAGUCCUUGGGAGGGAGCAGUCAGGACAGCUGCGGCAAUCUGGAGUCCUCUGCUGAACAACACUGGAAGGGUUUCGAACCAGUGGAUCCACGUGAGUGAUUGGUUGCCAACGUUGGCUCGAGCUGCCGGUAUUGAGGCCAACUUCAGUGGAAGCGAAAUCGAUGGACAAGAUCAGUGGGAAGCGUUGAACAAUCCGAAUCUAACGGGUAGGACUACGGUGAUGCACAACAUUGACCAGUUCCAGCACUACAGCAGUUACACGAAGAACGGGUGGAAGUUAGUGAACGGAACGUCCUGGGAAGGUGCGUUUGACGAUUGGAUGGGUUCACUGGACGAGGAAGACGAGCUUAGUGAGGAAGAGUAUUCGGUGAGGUUGAUCAGUUCCGUGGUUGGUCGACUGACCAAGGUAGAUCUUGACGAUGUGGCGAGGAUCAGACGAGAUGCAACCGUGCACUGUCCGUAUAUUCCUGGCGGCACCAUUGACUGUGAACCUCAGAAAUCGCCAUGUUUGUUCAACAUACUCGAAGAUCCCUGCGAAACGAACAACAUCGCAAAUCAAAGACCGGAUCUCUUGAAGCAGCUCGGUCAGGACGUCGAGCGGUAUCGACUGUCUGCGACGGAACCAAGAAAUCAACCCGCAGAUCCCUACUCCGAUCCGAGGUACUACAACCGAACGUGGACCUGGUGGCAGGACGAACUGGACGAGGCCAGGGACAUCAAGUUCCCGCUGGCGAUCUUCAUAGUGUCGAUUACCUUCAUCGCGAUAAUGCUCAUAGUUGUUAAGCCUAUUCUGUGUCCAAGUACAAAGAGGAAAUUUUAACCC